AUGUCGGACUCAGACGACAAGUCUGCCGACUCCAGUGGCUCUGUCAGCUGCGCUGAGGGGUGGCUCGUUGGCACAGGCGGCACUGCAGGAACAGCAGGAGCUGUUGGGGUCUUUGGAGUGUCUGGAACGGCUGGAGCAGAUGGAACAGGAGGAACACCCGGAACAGGAGGCAGGGAAGCGGUCGGCUUAUGUUCGGACCUUGGGGCCGCUGGCUCCUCUUCGUGCUCAUCCUCAGAGUCAACAGCCUGCGAUUUGGUCAGAUCGACCACCUCUGGCUCGUAUUUCGACUGGUCGUCAGUUUCUUCGUCCUUUAACUCUGUUAGCUCCUCGUGCUGUGGCUCGACAGAUUUGCCUGUAGCAGUUGGGAAAAUAGGGAUAGGAGCAGCUCUAGGAACAGACUCUGGUUCUUCAACCUCUUUCUGUUUCUCCUUCUUCUUAGUCUUUUCCUUAACAGGCAUUGGUGCGCCAAAACCCAUCAUACCCACCAUUCCCAUUCCACCAGACAGUUUGGCCAUUCUUUCACGUAGCUGCCGUCUCUUGACUUCCUCCUCAUCCUCUUCAUCGUCAUCGUCAUCGUCGUCAUCGUCCUCCUCCUCGGGAACCUUUUCUGUUUCUUCCUCUUCUUCGUCUGUGUGUUGGUGUUGCUCGCUCUCGACAGGAGCAGACUCGUCGUUCUGGUCUCCAGUAACGGCCUCCUUUAGCUCGUGCUCCUUCUCCUUUUCUCUCUCCUCGCGUUUCUUCUUCUUCUCCUCUUUGCGCUUGAGCAAUGCCUCUGCAGCGGCCUGUUCUUCUCGCUGCCGCUCUUCCAGCAGCUUCAGUCUCUCCUUUAGGGUCAAACGGGGAGCUGACUCCUCCGGAGAUGAGGGCUCAGCAGCAUUGACCACAGACGACGCAACAGGAGACUCCUCCACGGGCUUUUCUGGCUCGUGCUUGCUCUCGCGUCGCUCGACAGCAGGAACAUAA